CACCUUAUAUAAUACGCGUAUCUCACCACGAAAGGCGACCAAUGUUGCGGAAUUUCUUGGACCUUCGAUAAGUUAUAGUCGAGAAAACUUCAAUUCAGUCAUCGAAUAUUACUCCGUCGAAUCUCUUCCGGUAGAUUUAAAAAAAUGGACUUAUCAAUUGCUAAAGGAAAACAUGAAGAAAUUUUAUGAAAAUUCAAACUUAGGUUGGAGUUCGAUCAAGAAGAGGAAGGAAUUGCGCGAGGUCGGCGCGCGCUACCUUAUUGCGAGGCAAAUUGACAAGUCAGAAUCGAAUAACUUGGCCGGAAAGCCACUUG